AUGGCCAGCCAACAGCAGCAGAUCAUUGAUACCAUCUUCAGCAUGAAGCGGAAGCUUCUGCGCAAAGACGACACAGACACAGACGAAGGAGACCCUUUCUCCAGCGCCAACAAGCAAGACCUCAAGCGCAAGGUCCAGUAUGCGCGAGGAAGCGAUUCAGACUUCCUCUCAGAUCCUCGGCGGUACAAGAAGCGCAUCGAGCACGCAGGCUACAAGCGAGACAUUUUGCAACGCAACCCUCCACGAUUUGACCCGGACGGCGACAUUGUCGAGCCAGACGAUGAGUACGAGGAUGAGGAUGAUCUGGAGGCGGUUGAGGAGAACCCUUACGCGGACACACACAUAGAACACCUGGCGAAUGAGACGGGUGCUCUUUCGCGCAAGGAGCACGUUACUAUCGCGCGCGCCAAGACCCUGUUUGUGAAGCUUGUAGGAGACGCAUCGUUUGCGCCUGUUGCAUUGGCGGGCAUGAGCCCCGCGCCUUUUCACAAUACCUGGACAAAUGGGACGGCACAACAAGGGAAUGGGGCCGCUGCUCGAGGCGAGGACGAGACUCAAGAUGCAGCAGCGAGUGCGACAGAUGUGGACAUGGAGGACGUGGGAGAGAUGAACGGUGUGCAAAGAAACGGGACGAAUGGCGAAGGUCAUUCGAGUGGGUUGAAUGGCACAGAGCCUGCGACCAAUGGAGCAUCACUUGUAAAUGGAGAGACCGCCGCAGAAGGCGAAGACGCACCCGACGACACCUCCGAUACAGCUUCCCAGCAGACAGCACAUCGAAUGACGACACGCGCCCGCGCACACGCACCCUCCACGCCCUCGCCGCCACAGUCUCCCGCGAACGGCGCCAACGCUAUACACCCGCUAUUUGCUUUCUCCACCGACUCAAUACCGGAUCGCGAUCUGGGCCUACCGCCGAAUGAAGCUGAAGAGACGCGCAUGCUUCUCAUGGCUUAUGUACAAAAGCAAGAGGAAGUUGCCCGCACGACGGCUGACCUCUAUCGAGGACUGCUACAGGCCGACCGCAUGCGGCAGGAUGUGUUCAAGUGGUCCAAAGCCGAAGCCCAUGUUGGGGAAAUGAGCGAUGGCGAGGAUUGGUAUGACAACGAAGAGUGGAACCUCGACCAUGACUUGCUCAAAGGUCGUGAUGAGGAAGAAGACGACACAGCCGUGGCUGGAAAGAAGAGCACCAGGCAACGGAGGAAGCCUGACAAGGAAGACCGAUAG